AUGUUGACGUUUCCUGCUCUGGUGGCCCUUGUUUGUCUGCCUCUGCUGUCCUUAGGGCAAAAUUUAAGGCAACAAACCUGCGCUAUAGGCAACACCGCAACCAUCCAGCCUGAUGCCAAUGCCUGGAUUGGAGGAAUUAUAUCCUUGAACGAACAGGGUACAGGAGGGUUUGGCUGUGGGAAGCCAACGGAUGAUAUGCAAGCAUACGAAGCCAUCCGCUGGGUUUUGGAACUGCUAAACAAGAAAAAUGAAUCUAUACAGACUCAGUUUCAGAAAGACUAUUAUGUGCCAGGCAUCAGAUUAGGUUUGAAGAUGAGAAACUACUGCAGUAAUGAGUUCACUGCCAUGGCUUCAGUGAUGGAUAUUUUCCCAGAGCUAAAUACAGAUGAUGAAGCUUGCACCCCGUCGACCAAUAAUUUUACUCUGGGCAUUCUGGGAGCCUCUUCCUCUGGUGAUGCCGUCAGCUUGUCUGGAGCUACUGUCAACGACAAUAUUCCUGUUGUCUCGUAUGAAGCCACAGCUACUCAGCUCACGAUGUCUGGCAAGUACACCAACUUCAUGAGAACCAUCUCACCUGAUGGACCUCUUAUGGAGGUCAUUACUCGGGUGAUGACCACCCUACAGUGGAAGUUUGUCGUGGUAGUUUACGAUUCUGAUGAUUACGGCCGUCAAGCCUUUAGUGAACUGCAUGCACGUCUGAUUGCAAGCGGGAUCUGCCUGACUGCCGGCAUCAUGGUGGAUGCUGAUGAUGAGAGCACGGUAAAUGACACCCUCAACAGAGUCAUCAGUGCAAAUGCUACAGGCGUGGUAUACAUUGGACCCAGUAAUUAUGCCAAAGCUAUUAUCAAUGCUGGAAAUGGAAUGCUUUCAAUGGCAGGACGCUUACAAUGGCUGGUUACAGACAUGCCUCUGGACACCGUCUUUGCCAGCACCAGCAUUUACCAGCGGGGCAUCAUUUCAGUCUCCGCUGCCUCUCGUUAUAUUGUAGAGUUUGAGGAUCACUGGAUUCGUAUCAAUGAAUCCAGCCCAUCCCCAGAGAAUCCAUGGUUUACCGGAUGGUAUGAGAACAAAUACAACUGCAGAUUUGUUCCAAAUGCUGGGCAGAUGAACUGCAACAAUCUAUACCAAGGACUGUCAGAAACAGAGAAAGAGCUGAAGAAGCGAGCAGAAUACCAGCAGAGCCACAAUGUGGAAGCAGCUGUUAUGGCGGUGUAUACAUACGCUCGUGCUCUACGCACAGCACAGAUGACUCUUUGUCCAGGUGUCUCUGGGGCAUGUCCAGCUCUGCAAGCCAUGUCCAGGGAGACUUUCUUCAACAAUUAUGUCAAGAAGGUUAAUUUCACAUUUACUGCGGAUGAGCGAGUCCCAAGCUUGGCAUCCAAGAAUGUGGCUCCCUACAACGCAGCCAAACAUCUCAGUUUUACACCCUAUGGAGACAUCAUGGAUCCUUCCUACUACAUCUACAACUACAAUGAUGUUGAGACCGGUGGAGGCGCCAAUGAUUUCAGGUUUCGGCUGGUGGGUACCUACCUUGGCAGUUACUUUGACUUCAACCUUAACAAUGUGGCCAUGUACUCGGAGACCCGCACAGCUCGGAUCCCUCUGCCAUCUUCCCCCUGCCCUGCUCAGGGAUGCAUGCCUUGCCUGGGAUUGCCUUCCGACAUCAAGUACUACUUUGAGACUGGGGAUGUUGUUGUACAGGGAAUUUUCUCUCUUCAUCAGUUGGGCCUUACUCCUCUCACGUGUGGUCCUCAGAUGUCAAUCAAUCAGUACAUGUUCAUGGAAGCCAUGAUCUAUGCUGUGAAAAGGGUCAACGCGGACAACACAAUCCUGAACAACGUCAUGCUGGGCGGUCUUGGCAUGGACGAUUGCAGCAGCACAGUCUUAGGGCAGGCGCUUUUGUCGCAGGUGCAGAGAGGCAAUCUGAAGAUUGUAGACAAGUCUGGAAAUGAACUGAACCCAAGGAAAAUUGAGGCUUACUCGGCAGCUCACACUACUCAACUGACCCUUCCUCUGGCCGAAGCCAUGAACAUGUUGAUGCGACCGAUGGUGGGUUACCGGGCUGGCGGGUCACAGCUGGACGACAGAUCCCGUUAUCCUUACUACCUCCGAGCAGUUCCUGGUCAUCAGGAUGAGAUCAAGGCUAUCAUCCAGCUUCUGAAAAAAAGGAAUUGGAUGUUUGUUCAGGUUGUGACCUCAAAUGCUGAUUAUUCACAAGAUACAGAGAACAUAUUCAGAGAGCUUGCCUCAAGGGCGGGCAUCUGCAUUGUGGCCACGCACAAUAUUGGUCAGACUAGCCAAGAUGCAGACGAUGUUGUCAUGGGUUUAAGUGUCAACCCUGGCGUCCCGCCAACUGUCGUUCUGUUGGAACCCCAAGAUGUCCGCCGUCUCCUGGUAGCUUUCAACAGUAGCAGAAGUGCAAAGUUUGUCCUGAUAGGGACUUCCCUUUGGGGAACAGAUGAUUUGCUUGUUAAGGAUCUUCAGAUUCUACCGGGCAUUAUUACUCUGAGUGUUAAAAACUCCACCUUGGAUACCUUUAAAACUUACCUGAGCAACCUGACUGUGAACACCUACACAUUAAAUCCCUGGUUCAAAGAGUGGUACACUGCUGCACACAACUGUAGUCUGGGAAGUCAGGGAACAGGACUCCCAUGUAACCAGUCACAGCCAAUCACAGCAGGGGUCAAUUUCCGCUUGAUGCAUGAGGUUGAGGGUGUCAUCAACGCUAUUAGAGCCAUAGGGUUUGGAUUGGACAGCGUGCUCCGCAGCGUCUGCGGUAACAAUUACAACUCUAUCUGUAGUGACUUCCUCACUUACAAGAACAAAGGGAUGGUGUUUCUGGAAGCAAUUAGAGGUGUCACCUUCAGCAUUGAAGACAUGGCCUCACCAAAUACAUUCAGUUUUAUGGGAAACUCCGCUGCAAUUCCUUUUGAUGUCAAUAACUAUUUCAACAGGAAUUAUCACUUGGUUGGAGAGAUAAAUCUAUGGGCAGGUACCAUGACCUUGGGUGCAAUACAAGUCUAUGAUAAUCAAAAUGCAGACGUAGUUAUGCCAAAGUGUACCUCCCCCUGCACCGAGUGCCUCUUUAUGGCCAAUUACUUCGACUACUGGUACAUUCCAGGAGACCUCAUCAUUGGCGGCAUAUUUGACAUCCACAAAUCUGGUAACGGACCUUUCUCAUGUGGGGCUUUGAAGGUGAAAAACGGUGCCCUGUACACCGAAGUAUUCAACUUUGCACUGCAAAAAAUCAACAGCGGCACUGCUUCAGUUAAGUUGAAUAAUGUAAGUUUGGGUGGGCUGGCCUUCGAUGGGUGCACCAGCCCUCACAGAGCAAAAGCAAUAGUGAACCGUGUUCAUACUGGAAUGAACAUCAUGGAUUCCAUGGGCAACAUGUUUAUGAGGUCUAAUUUGAUAUCAUGGAUGAGCUAUGACAGUCAAACAACUAUCGACACUGCCUCUCUGGUACAGAAAAUAAUAAUGCCACUUGUUAGCCCUGGAGCCACUGCAAGUGAGCUUGAUGACAAGAAGAAAUACUAUACCUUCUUCCGGACAAUUCCAUCUGAUUCUGUUGUGGUCAGAGGUAUGGCGGAGUUUGUUCAGCAGAUCGGGAAAAAAUAUGUUAUUGUUUUAAAUGCACCAGAUACCUCCAGUCGAGAGUCUAGAGACCUUUUCCGGAAGUAUCUUGCUGAAUAUGGAAUCUGUAUUGUUGCCAGUUAUGAGUUUGUUACAGAUGGAAGUAUGAAUGCAAUCGUGAGCAAUAUUGAUAAUGCUCAGACGCAACUUGUAGCCGUGUUUGCCGAACCAGAAAUGUACAUCAAUGAUUUACUAGCAGCCAAAAAUAAUGACGUCCAGGACAACCCCUUUGUUUACAUAUCCAACCGCCCGUGGAAGUUUGCUCCAUUGCAGACAAUCAGGGUGGUUAACUCUGUCUUCUUUGACCUGAAUGCUCCAACUAUCGCUGAAUUCAAAACUUACCUUGACAGCAGGAGGAUUGGCAACACCAACCCUUGGUUCUCGGAAAUUUACCAAGAG